AUGAUUGGAGUAAUGAUCUACCUCAAGUCACUUCCCUUCAACUAUUCAUUUACCAAGGCACUUGGGUUUAACAUCCCUCUCACCUUCCACCACAUCAUGCUCAUUGAUGUUGUCAUGGUAAUAUCAGUAGCUGUGCUUUGGACAGCCAGGCGAGAUCUUCUUUACUUUAAUCUCCGACAGAAACGAAAGCAGACGUUCUUUUUGACCGUUAUUUUCAGUCUUCUUGCAUAUGGGCUUGUUGCCAGUUUGAUUUUACUUACUCCUGUGAAUGCUAGUUUUCUUCCAAAGCUUGUAUUGGUGAUCUCUUUGCUACCAUUAUUGCUUGAACUUGGAGCAAGGAUGUUCUAUACUCCAAUUAAGCCGGGCAAAAAGAUUUAUGAAAUGGCAAAUGCUGGUGAGUAUGGAAAAAAUACACCCAGCUAUCAUAGUAAACAGUUUGUUAGUACACAGGAAUUUCUUAAUAACAUAGUCAAUAAUCCACCAAAUGCUUUGAACGUUGAAGCAACAAUGUAUUGA